AUGAUUGAGAAGAAUGGAGCGACAUUCAGCACCACAGUCUCGGAUGAUUGUACUCAUCUGGUGACCACCGAUAAGGAUGUGCAGAAGCAGACCACCAAAUACAAACAAGCUUCCCAGCUCGCAAAUUGUCACAUUGUCCCACUUUUGUGGCUUAUUGAAUCAGAUGAAGCUAAGAAACCGUUGGCGGAGUCGAAGUAUUCUUCUUUCAUCCAGCUCAAUCAGACGUCCCAGGCAGACGGAAACACAGACACUAAGACUGUGGACAGCAGCGAAUCUGUUCCUGCGGACAACAAGCGCAUCACUAGGAAGCGAGGUGUGGUUGUGGCUUCUGCUGAAGACGAUGCUGAAGAAACGACAAGCACCAGCAACAAUGGUGCAAACGGCAAAGCUAAACCCUCUCUGGAUGCGAAGCCUACAAUAAAAAAUGAAGAUGUGCAUGAUGAUCCUGCUGAAAAUGAUAGCCACACCAAGACGAAGGUCACCAAGAAGACUGUUGUGAAGGGGAAAGCUAAAAAUGCCGAGGAUAAGAAGGUUGCAGGGAAGAAACGAGGUGCAGAUGAAGAUACUGUUGAAAGCGGUUCAAACAAGAAGACAAAGGACAUCCAGAAGACAGCCACAAAGGCGAUUAAUGUCCCAAUCGACGAGGGCGUCCAUGGACUGGGUAACCCAGGCGAUCUUAAGGUCUACAUUGACGAUUCGGGCCUCAUCUGGGAUGCAACCCUGAGUCAAACUGUGGCAGCCAACAAUGCCAACAAAUUCUAUCGCGUCCAGUUGUUGUCCUGUGCAAAGAAGGGUUACUUCACCUGGACGCGAUGGGGUCGGGUCGGGGAGCAUGGCCAGUCAGCCUGGCUCGGGGACGGCCUCUUGGAAAAUGCGAUACAUCACUACGAGAAGAAGUUCAAGGACAAGUCAGGCCUCAAAUGGGAGAACCGGCUCGACACUCCUAAGAAGGGAAAGUACACCUUCCUUGAGCGAAACUACGAAGACGAUGAUGAAGAGGAAGAGCCCGUGAAAAAGGAGAAAACUAUCAAGGAAAAAGACGACGAGCCCCCAGCCCAGAGCGCCUUAUCCACAGGGCUUCAAAAUCUAAUGGCUUUCAUCUUCAACCGACAGAAUGUUCUCGACACAUUGGCUGCAAUGUCCUACGACGCCAACAAACUGCCACUUGGAAAGCUAAGUGACAGGACUUUGAAGAGCGGAUUUUCGGUCCUAAAAGAGAUAUCCGAGAUCAUGACUACACCAACUCUCGCACAAGAAAGACAUGGCCAAACGUUUGAUGAUGCUAUAGAUGCAUUGAGCAACCGAUAUUUCACCUUGAUUCCUCACGUUUUUGGCCGUCAUCGGCCACCAACGUUGAAUACGAAUGCACAGAUCAAGAAGGAAAUUGAGUUGCUAGAGGCACUGACGGACAUGGACGUUGCGAAUGAAAUCAUGGUAUCGUCCAAGCAAGACAGUGACAUCCACCCACUCGAUCGCCAGUACCAGAGUCUCGGCAUGAAGGAGAUGACAGAACUGGACCCCAAAUCAACCGAGUUUAUAGAACUAGAGAACUAUCUCCAGAACUCACGUGGGGAGACACACAGCAUGACCUACAAGGUAGUGAACAUCUUCCGCAUCGAGCGCCAAGGUGAAAACGACCGCUUCAACUCAUCUCCAUACGCCAAAAUUCCAAACAGUGACCGCCGCCUCCUCUGGCACGGAUCCCGCAGUACAAACUUCGGUGGUAUUCUCAGCCAAGGAUUACGCAUCGCACCCCCUGAAGCACCCGUCAAUGGCUACAUGUUUGGCAAGGGUGUUUAUCUCGCCGAUAUAUCGAGCAAAUCCGCAAACUACUGUUGUCCCUACAAUAGCCGUGGGAUGGGGUUGCUUCUUCUCUGCGAUGCGGAGCUUGGUGCGCCUAUGCUGGAACUUGAUAGUGCCUGCUACAAUGCUGGAGAGGAAGCAAUUAAGGCUGGCAAGAUUGCGACACUCGGUAGGGGUACCAACGUCCCUGCCGGGUGGAAGGAUGCGGCAUGCUUGAAUCCCACAUUGGCUGGUGUGAAGAUGCCUGAUGUGUCUGUUUCGAGUGCUAAGGCAGAUCAAACUCGUGGUCUGUGGUACAAUGAGUACAUUGUGUAUGAUGUUGCGCAGAUCCGACAGCGCUAUUUGUUCCAGGUCAAGAUGAGCUGA